GAGAGCUCUCCCACGGCGCGGGGACGGCGGCGGGGAAGGAGAACGCGGGUGAGGGAAGAGCUAAGAAGCAGGGACCCCCUCCCGCAGCCGCCAUCUUGUCUCCCCCCGGCUCUGGAAGCUGAGCCGCCGGGCCCCGCCCCCGCCCCGCUCUCCGAUUGGCCAAACCAGAGGAGGGUCCCGCCCCCUGCUCGCUCCUUGGUCCCCCGGGUCCCCCUGACGGGCAGGUGCCGUGGCCAAUAGGCUUUCUCCUUUCUGCCCCGCUCGUUCGCUGGCGCUCGCUUUCUCUGUCUGCGGAUCGGACUCCGCGGCAGUCGGUCUCAGGCGAGCUGACCCCCUCCUUUCAGAGGAGGAGAUGUUAAUUCCCUCCUUUCUUCAGCCCCGAGGGGUCGGGAUUCUUCUGGAAGAGGUGCCCCUUUAAAGGGGCAGGAGUCUCUGCUGGGGUCCUCCCUUGUCUCAUGAGUACCUUGUGUGGGUGCAGGGGGUACAGUCUAUUUGCAGAAACUCCCCGUUCCUCAGAGACCCAGGUGGGGUGAGCGAGUGGGUGCAAAGGGGGGUACCGAGAAGACCACUGGGGGUGGUUGGAGAUUUUUUCUGGAGGUACGUAUGUGGGAAGGGCUGUGAGGGAUGAGAAAAUACCGCCAAAAAUCUCGGUCUAGACUGUAAGCGCCUUGAGGGAGAGACCUCAUUUUCCUCAGCAGUAACACUUCUCCCUCCAGGGUUUGCCCCCCAGCGUCUAGAGGCUUGAGUUGAAAGGAAGAGGUGUCCACAGACAGUGCUUAGUUGAGAGAUACUUGAGCUGCCCAGGAGGUAGCAGGUGGGGAGGAAGAAGAUAGAGUGGCUUUAGUGAAAGGAGGGGCAGCAGUCUGCUCGAUCUCUAAAAUAUUUAUACGUUUGGAAUUGUGGUAGAUUUUCACACCUCCUAGUUUUAGUUUGGGGUAGGGUCUCCACGCCCUUGGUGGGGUAGCGGGGAGGAGGUGUGGGAGCAGUAAAGUAGGUCUGUUGGCCCCGGGUUGCCCUAGGAUUUUGGCAUUUUUAAGACAUAUGGUGACCAAGGUCCUCUGGAACCCAGACAGAAUUGCUGUGAUGAUUCUGUUUCCUUUGGCUCUAACUGGGGUGUGUGCCUCCCUGGCACUGUUCCUUGGCCAAGAUUUUUUUUUUUUUUUUUUGGUCUCGGACACACUUUGGGAUUGGGAGGCCUUUUGAAUAAGGGUGUUAAUAAAAUAGCAGUCCCUCAUUUUACUAAUGGAGUAUGGAGGCACAAAAGGAUUAAAAGACUCCAAGUCAAAUAGGCCAAGCUUAGAACCUUGAUUGCCCCAAGACCUCUCUUUGUACCGGACCAUGGCAUCUCUGUGGUGUUCUUACCUCCUAGUGAGAUACACUGAGCAGAUCAGAAGAUCUGGGUUUGAAUUGUAGUUUUAUCACUUACUGUCGUUGGAUUAGAGCCCUGGUGGCACAAUGACUAAGUGCUCAGCUGCUAACUGAAAGGCCAGUGGUUCAAACCCACCAGCUGCUCCGGUGGUAGAAAAGACCUGGCAAUGUGCUCCCAUAAACAUUGUAGCCUAAGAAACCCUAUGGAACAUUUCUACUCUGUCCUGUAGGGUCACUAUGAGUUGUAAUUGACUCAGCGCACACAACAACAGCAAGCAACACCCUUGGGUUGAGUGAAACCUUUGAGGUUCGUUUCUUCACUUGUAAAAUGGAGAUGACAAUAACUUACUAACUCCAAAGCUGGUUAGGAAAGGACUUUGUAGUGUACAAAAGUGUGCUAAGUUAUCGACAAGGUGAUGAAGUCUGUUUGUCUCCUUGAAAUUUCUUCCCUGUUCAUAUCCUUCGAAGUCUCUUCCCUUGCCUCGGGGCACCAUAUGCCCACAGGUCUUUCCUGGUAGUGAUGGCAGCAGUAGCUGCUUAUCACAAGUCCCGUGAACUCCCACAGAGAAUGAUGUGGGAAACUUCAGGGCUUUCCCUUUGCUGCACAAGGGUAGACUAUUCAUAUGUAUUUUAGGAGGGGGGGACUUUUGAGGUCACAGAGUGCAUUGAGACUUCACCUCGGAUACUGUCCUGAUCACCUUGACCUUGAGUCCAGUGAGGGUCCUAGACAGGCCAUUUACGACUUCGGAGAUCUUUUGGGGCCGCUCCCAGAGCUUCUGUUUGGAAAUACAGCACCCAGUGCAUCCUGGAUGCUCCUUUUGCAGGGAAAACUGCAGAUUGUAGUUUGAAGCCCUUAGACCACUUGUGAUAGGUAUCUCACAGAUGACCCCUUUACCCCUGGGCAUGGUCAAGGGAUAGGGUUUCUGAUAAGAUUGGGGAAAAGCUGAAGGCCUAUGAGUUUUUCAUCCUCUAAUGGGAGCCAACGUUCAUAUACAAAGCUAGGAAGUGGAUGCUCAUCUUGGGUUCUUCCUUUCUGAAGCCUCAACCAACCCUCCCUUCCCAUAGUUAGUUGUUCCACAGCCUUAUAUACAUCGUUGUUGUUGUCGUUAGCUGCCAUUGAGUCAGCCCCUGACUCAUGACUACCCCAUGCACAAUGGGGUUGGACCUAUGUGAUCCAUAGAUUUUCAUUGGCUGACUUUCCCAGAAAUAGAUCACCUGGCCUUUCUUUGUAGUUCAUCUUAGUCGAGAAGCUCUGGUGAAACCUCACCAGCAUCAUAGCAACACACAGACCUCCAAUGACAGACAGGUGGUAGCUGCGCUUGAAGUGCAUUGGCUGGGAAUCGAAUCCGGGUCUCCUACACAGAAGGCAAGAAUUAUACCACUGAACCACCACUGCCCUCCGUGUACAUCAUUAGAACAUUAGAUUUCUCCUUGUCACGUUAUAAUGAUCUGUUUACAUCUCUUUCCCUCCAGUCACAUGGCUCUCAGAGAGAGCAGGGAUCGUGUGGAAGGCAUCUAUGCUAACCACUGUACCACCAGUGCAGGCAGGGAUCAUGUGCAUUUGAUUUCUCCUCUCACUCAACAAAUACUUGUUGAGUGCUUGUUGAGCCAAGGGCCAUCCCAGGCACCUGGGAUACAGCAGUGAACAAGACAGGCAAACAUCCCUGAUCUCAUGGAGCUUACAUUCGAUUGGACGGAAGUAAACAAUAAACACAAUAAAUAGGCAGAUUACGUAGUACGACAGAAAUUGGUGUUAUAGGGAAAAAUAAAGCAGGAUGAAAGGUGAGUUGCUAGUGGGAGGGAGAGAUUUGUAAUUUUAAAUAGAGUAGUUAGAGAAGGUGUCACUGAGAAAUUAUAUUUAUGAGAAAACUUGAAUUAGGUGAAUGGGCAAUCCAUGUGGAUGUCUGUGGAGCAGGUUGUUCAGACAGGGGAACAGCCAGUCCUCUAGGUGUCCAGUCGAUCAGAUGGAAGGGUGAAUGGGUGCAUGCAUGCAUGAACAUCCAGCUCACGGUCUCUUGGCCUUCUCUCCUUAGGCCUGUUCCCUUGGUUCCCAGGUGCCAUGAGGAAGCCGCGCAGGAAGUCACGGCAGAAUGCCGAGGGCCGGCGCUCCCCGUCCCCCUACAGUCUCAAGUGCUCACCUACCCGUGAGACCCUGACAUAUGCCCAGGCCCAGCGGAUUGUCGAGGUAGACAUCGAUGGACGCCUGCAUCGCAUUAGCAUCUAUGACCCGCUCAAGAUCAUCACAGAGGAUGAGCUGACUGCUCAGGAUAUCACCGAAUGUAAUAGUAACAAAGAAAACAGUGAGCAGCCCCAGUUCCCUGGCAAGUCCAAGAAACCCUCAUCCAAAGGCAAGAAGAAGGAGUCCUGCUCCAAGCAUGCAUCCGGCACCUCCUUCAACCUCCCACAACCCAGCUUCCGCAUGGUGGAUUCAGCCAGCCAGCCAGAAGCACCCCCUCUGCCUGCAGCCUACUACCGCUACAUCGAGAAGCCACCUGAAGACCUGGAUGCAGAGGUAGAGUACGACAUGGAUGAGGAAGACCUUGCCUGGCUGGACAUGGUGAAUGAGAAGCGGCGGGUAGAUGGGUACAGUUUGGUGUCAGCAGACACCUUCGAGCUGCUGGUGGACCGGCUUGAGAAAGAGUCAUACCUGGAGAGUCGCACCAGUGGGGCCCAGCAGUCACUCAUCGAUGAAGACGCCUUCUGCUGCGUGUGCCUGGAUGAUGAAUGCCACAAUAGCAAUGUCAUUCUCUUCUGUGACAUCUGCAACCUGGCUGUACAUCAGGAGUGCUACGGUGUUCCCUACAUCCCCGAGGGCCAGUGGCUUUGCCGCUGCUGCCUGCAGUCUCCCUCCCGGCCUGUGGAUUGCGUCCUGUGCCCCAACAAGGGUGGUGCCUUCAAACAGACGAGCGACGGGCACUGGGCCCAUGUGGUAUGUGCCAUCUGGAUCCCUGAAGUCUGCUUCGCUAACACCGUGUUCCUGGAGCCCAUCGAGGGCAUUGACAACAUCCCACCUGCCCGCUGGAAACUAACCUGCUAUAUCUGCAAGCAGAAGGGGCUGGGUGCAGCCAUCCAGUGCCAUAAAGUGAACUGCUACACGGCCUUCCAUGUGACAUGUGCACAGCGGGCUGGGCUCUUCAUGAAGAUUGAGCCCAUGCGGGAGACCAGCCUCAAUGGCACCAUCUUCACAGUGCGCAAGACGGCCUACUGUGAGGCCCACUCACCGCCACGUGCCACCACUACCAGGAGAAAGGGCGACUCCCCUGGAGGCCUCAGUGAAGCUGGGGACGAAGAAGGACUAAAGGAGGGUGGUGGGGAAGAGGAAGAAGAUGAGAAAGAGGUGGAGGAGCAGGAGGAGGAAGGCCAAGGUGGGGUGGGUGGCCCCCUUAAGGGAGUACCCAAGAAGAACAAGAUGAGCUUGAAACAAAAGAUCAAGAAGGAACCAGAAGAAGUGGGCCUGGACACACCCUCCAGUGCCCCAAUGGUCACUGUACCACAGAUCCCCUCCUACAGGUUGAACAAGAUCUGUAGUGGUCUCUCCUUUCAGAGGAAAACCCAGUUCAUGCAGCGGCUUCACAACUACUGGCUGUUGAAGCGGCAGGCACGGAAUGGUGUCCCCCUCAUCCGGCGCCUGCACUCCCACCUGCAGUCCCAAAGAAACGCUGAGCAGCGAGAGCAAGAUGAGAAGACAAGUGCAGUGAAGGAGGAGCUGAAAUACUGGCAGAAGCUCCGGCACGACUUGGAGCGGGCGCGGCUGCUGAUUGAGCUAAUUCGGAAGAGAGAGAAACUCAAGCGGGAGCAGGUUAAGGUUCAGCAGGCAGCCAUGGAGCUGGAACUGAUGCCGUUCAACGUCCUGCUGAGGACAACGCUGGACCUGCUGCAGGAGAAGGAUCCUGCACACAUCUUCGCUGAGCCAGUCAACCUGAGUGAGGUUCCAGAUUACCUGGAAUUCAUAUCCAAGCCAAUGGAUUUUUCUACUAUGAGGCGGAAGCUGGAGUCCCACCUGUACCGCACCUUGGAGGAGUUUGAGGAGGACUUUAACCUUAUAGUUACCAACUGCAUGAAGUAUAAUGCUAAAGACACAAUUUUCCACCGAGCAGCUGUCCGCCUGCGGGACCUAGGAGGGGCCAUCCUGCGGCACGCCCGGCGGCAGGCAGAGAACAUCGGCUAUGACCCCGAAAGGGGCACCCAUCUGCCCGAGUCACCCAAAUUGGAGGACUUUUACCGCUUCUCCUGGGAAGACGUGGACAACAUCCUCAUCCCAGAGAACCGGGCCCAUUUGUCCUCGGAGGUACAGCUGAAGGAGCUGCUGGAGAAACUGGACCUGGUGAGUGCCAUGCGGUCUAGUGGGGCCCGGACCCGCCGUGUCCGCCUGCUGCACCGGGAAAUCAACGCCCUCCGGCAGAAGCUGGCACAGCCACCACCACCGCUGCCAUCACUGAACAAGACUGUGCCCAAUGGGGAGCUGCCAGCAGGGCCCCGGGGGGAUGCCGCCAUGCUGGAGCAGGCCCUGCAGGAAGAGGCAGAAGACGAUGGGGACAGAGAUGACUCCAAACUUCCUCCCCCACCAACCCUGGAACCCACUGGGCCUGCACCGUCCUUGUCUGAGCAGGAAUCUCCCCCAGACCCCCCUACUCUGAAACCCAUCAAUGAUAGCAAACCUCCAAGCCGGUUCCUAAAGCCCAGAAAGGUGGAAGAAGAUGAGCUCUUGGAAAAAUCACCUCUGCAGCUAGGGAGCGAGCCCUUGCAACGCCUGCUUAGUGACAAUGGCCUCAACAGACUGUCCAUCACGGCCCCCGACACCCCCUCUGGUGCCCCACUCAGUGGCGUGGGCCGCCGUACAUCAGUCCUCUUCAAAAAGGCCAAGAAUGGGGUCAAGCUGCAGAGAAGCCCAGACAGGGCCCUGGAGAAUGGCGAGGACCAUGGUGUGGUGGGUUCUCCUGCCUCUCCCGCCAGCACUGAGGAUGAGCGGCACUCUCGGAAGCGGCCACGGAGUAGGAGCUGUAGUGACAGCGAAGGGGAAAGGUCCCCCCAGCAGGAGGAAGAGACAGGCGUGACCAAUGGCUUUGGAAAACACACCGAAAGCGGGUCUGACUCAGAAUGUAGUUUGGGUCUCAGUGGCGGACUGACAUUUGAAGCGUGCAGUGGUCUGACACCCCCAAAACGUAGCCGUGGGAAGCCAGCCCUGUCUCGAGUGCCCUUCCUGGAAGGUGUGAAUGGAGACUCUGACUACAGCGGUUCAGGCAGAAGCCUCCUGAUGCCCUUUGAAGACCGCGGAGACCUGGAGCCCCUGGAGCUGGUGUGGGCCAAGUGCCGAGGCUACCCCUCCUACCCUGCCUUGAUCAUCGAUCCCAAGAUGCCCCGGGAGGGCCUCCUGCACAAUGGUGUCCCCAUCCCAGUCCCCCCGCUGGAUGUGCUGAAGCUGGGAGAGCAGAGACAGGCAGAGGCUGGAGAGAAGCUCUUCCUUGUCCUCUUCUUUGACAACAAGCGCACCUGGCAGUGGCUUCCGAGGGACAAAGUCCUGCCCCUGGGUGUGGAAGACACCGUGGACAAGCUCAAGAUGCUGGAAGGCCGCAAGACCAGCAUCCGCAAGUCUGUGCAGGUGGCCUACGACCGUGCAAUGAUCCACCUGAGCCGUGUCCGGGGGCCCCACUCCUUCGUCACCUCCAGCUACCUGUGAAGGCAGAGCCUGGCCUGCAUCUGCUUGCCCUGCCUCCGUCCUGUGGGCCACAGAGAAGCCUCUUCCUGCCUCAGCCAGACAUGUGGCCGGCAGCUUCCCUCUCUCAUGGCAGGACAGGGACUGGGGCUAUGUCUCCUCAACGGCCUGGCCCCAGCUUUGACCAACCACAUGGCUCUCCUGGCAGGCCUGCUGUGUGCCAAAAACUCCCACUCAAGGUCCUUCAGGGGAGAGUCCACUGAAGAACCAGGUAGAAGUAGAAAUAGCUGUUGAGUCUUGGGCCCAGCUGAGGAGAUGGACCUGGCCUAGAGGGCAGGGGGGCCUGGGCUCUCCCCAGGGGGCUGCCUGGCCCCCUCCACCCCACUCCGAACUAACUCCACCUCAGGGCGGGCAAGGCUCUGACGCUGAUCCCAGAGGUGCUGUGGAUACGCUAGGGUCCCGCGGGGAACCUCACCGAGCUCACCCUUUCUCUCCCCCAUCAUCACCCAUUCUCACUCUACCCUGUCUCAGUCUCUCUCUCUGUCCCAUGUUCCUUUCCUUACCUUCUCUUGUGCCAAACUGACAGAAACCAUCCCAAAGUGGUCUUUUUCUUUAAUGUCUCAUUCCCCUUGAGGCCAGCUGCCAUGCUAGGUGGGUGCUUUCACCUGGCUCCUCAGGACCCAGGACAGAGGCAGGCACACCACCCAGGGUGGCUCCCCAGCAGGCCCCCCCGCCCAUAAUACCCACCCAUGACCUUCACACGUGCUGCAGACCCUCAGCUAUGAGGCUGGGCUGUGAGCACUUGCCCCUCGGACUGCAGGCGAGGCCCCUUCUCCUGCUCCUGGCCUUGCCGAGGGGUGGGCUGAGGCUGGGUGGGCAGGCUCCCGUCUGCAGGCCAGGCCGCUCGUGGGAGUGUCCAUCUGUCCACUGGAUGUUGAGGGCUGUUUGGGGUGGAGCCCCUCUGUGUCUUUCAGCUGGGUCGGCCCCUGCCCCUCCCAUCCUCUCCUUGGGGGGCUUUUGUUAUUUUGCACCUGCAUCCUUAGGCCUCACCCCACCCCCGUGGCUGGUGUGGUGCCUCCAUCAGCAUCAUCCUGUCCUGCACUCUGCCCUGCCCAGCCUCUGCUGCUCCCACCUCCAAACUCCAGGGAAUGCCACGCUCUUAUUUCAAACCAUGUCCCCUUCCCUCUCCCUUCACCCUUCUUCCUACCGCCACCGUCUCAAAAAUGGAAGAAGAAAAAAAGAACAACUGUGAAUGGGGAAUGCUGACUAAGAAACCAACACAACUUUCAGAGGCUUCGAUGUCUGUUCUCUGGAUGUUUCUUUUCACCUCUUAAGCACCAAAGUCGCAGGGCCAGGUUGCAGGCCACUGAUUGCCGUGUUGAUUUUUAACCUUUUUUUUUAAUUGUUUUAAACGUUUUCAUAGGGGAGUUUUGGACAAAACGAAGUCACUGGGGAGAUCACUGCCAUUUUUACGCACUCGACUUUUUAAAAAAAUACAACCAACCAACCACCACAACUUCUUAUACCUUUGGGACAUGAGCCAGAGUUUAAAAAGGAAUCCAACAAAAUUAUCUGUAACAUAAAGGAUGGGGUUUUGGAUUUUGUACCAUAAUAAAAAUACAAUACAGCAUAUGGCUAGGGAAGGACAUGGUGUAUAUAAUUGUAUAAUACUGUUCUAAAUUAUUCAGGCCUAUAGUUUCCAUUAUUGGAGUCCUCCAUUGUGUGGCUGAGUAUUUUGAAUGCACACAGUGUCAUUUAUUUAAAGGAGCCAAUGUUUCCCCCCUCUCCCCAGGUAGUUGGUCAGCUGUGGACUUUGUGACCUGUGUCUAAACCUGUGUUUUAAGAUCUUGGGGCGUUCACCCUCUCUCUCUAUUUCUAUGUCUGCCUAGCCCUUCCCUGACACUUUCUCCCUCUCUAUUUUUUCAGUCUCUGAAUCAGUCUCUCUCUGAGUCUCAUUUUUAAAAAUGCUCUUUUAGAACGGGAAAUGGCUCAGAUCCUGCUGUGGCACGGGGCCUUUGUGUCUCUGUCGCGUCUGCUGUGAAGCACACGAUGCUCUAUUUAUUGUAGAAAGUGACUUUAUUUGCUUUCUAGAAUUGUUUAUAACAGAUGGUAUAAGAGAGGUAAUAAACAGAGAAAAAUC